GUUAUCUUCAGGUACUUUGUCUCCCGGUUCAUGUACAAUUUCCAAUACCAGUAUCUACUAUUGUUACUUAUUUAUCACUGCCUUCCCAUUCCAAAGUGCUCUCUUCAUUUCUCCCCGUCAUAUUUCACCCCUGAUUCGGCCCCAUCCACCCGCGGUUAACUUGGCCCGCAUUCUGAUCUCAUCGCCGCUUCCAGCAGCCAGCUAGCUUCUUUGUCGCUCACAUGGCCACAGCGACUUUAUUAUCACCUUUCUGUUUUUCUCCCCGCUCCAAUAACUGAGGGUCUCACAGCCUACCGCUCCACUUUGACCCUUUUUGUUUUCACUUGGGAGUCUCACCCGGGGUUCCCUCAAAUCUCUAAUCUGUUCUCUUACUAUCUUUCGGACACUUCGCGUCGUCUCCGCUUUCUUAUCCGGCAUUCCGCAGCCUCCCCAGAUUCUCAAAUUAUCAACAGUCAGACUUCACCAUUUUGACCUCCCUCAUACCAAUUCCCAUUCUCGGCAGAGAUGGGUAAUUCGCAGACAAAAGAGGCCCGGCCACCUUUUACUCCAAAUCGCCGAAACCAUGGCGGUGGACAUGGAAGAUCACCGUAUGGCGACAGACAUCAUUCAGAAGGCUCCAGAUCAACGCGAGGCAGUAGACCAGAUCUCUCCAUUCUCGGAAUUGGCGGAAGCUCGGAACGGGAUGUUGCGACCCUCGAGCAUCGCCGAGAAACGAAGCAAGAGCGAGAGGCUCGCCGUUUGGAGAGGGAACGGGUGGCUCGGGUUAAGGAACGGGAGCGUAGUAUGAGAGAAGAACACGUCGAUGGAGGUUACCUAGUUACGCAGGGUGUCUAUACGGGAACGGAAGAUUUCAACAAGGCUGUGGUGAGGCAAUUAAUGAUCGAACGACGACUUGCGCCCUUCUGGAGGGGUCUUAACGACUUCUCUGAUUCUUGGACGGAGCACCAGCUAAUGGCUGCCGCGCGAGGCCUGCCCAUUCCACCGCCUGACGAGAUUCCUUCAGAGCUAGAGUAUAAGAACCCACCGAAAGUCACAGAAGGGGCAAAGGAGUCAACUGAUACGAAAGGAAUUCAACAUCUGACGGUUCCGAUCACUUCGAGGUCACAAUCUUAUGGCUCCGAUGCAUCCCAAUCAUCUACCCCAGCCCACUCCUUACCUUCCCCCACAUCACCCCUAGCUUCAGGAACUUCGAGUUCGCCAUUGUUCCGCACCCGGGCGAAGACACUCGCCUCUCUCACUACAUCUAAACAUGGUACCCAAGCUGACCCAGCGCCUCGGGAGAUGCAGCUCCCUCGCGACCCAUUUGUCAAUGGGCAACCCAUCGAGGCUUAUCUUUAUAAAGACGCGGCUGAAUGCCCCAUCUGCUUCCUCUAUUAUCCUCCUUACCUAAACCGAACGAGAUGUUGCGAUCAACCUAUCUGCUCCGAAUGCUUUGUACAAAUCAAACGUCCCGACCCACAUCCUCCUGAGCAUGGAGAUUCUGAUCCAAAUGCCCCCGCCGCAGCUGCCGAGGGUGAUACUGUCGACAACCAGGACUGUCAACUUGUCUCGGAACCUGCAGCCUGCCCCUUUUGUGUCCAGCCUGAAUUUGGAGUGACAUACGCGCCGCCACCCUUCCGCAGAGGGCUCACAUAUGCGUCAGACCCUAGUGCCCGCCCAAACUUCACAUCUCCUGUCUCGUCUACAUCUUCACUUUCUUCUGGAAAUGUUACAGCUGUUACGGGCCGGAGGCGCGCUGCAUCAUUGUCUGCAAAUGACCCUACGGUAAUCACAACUGAUAAGGUCCGUCCGGAUUGGGCUCAAAAACUGGCCAACGCUCGUGCGCACGCAGCGCGGAGGUCUGCAGCGGCAACCGCUCUCCACACUGCAGCAUAUCUGAUGAACUCGAACGGCAAUGGAAGUGACUCUCGAACUUUCAAUAUUGGGCGGAGAGGCGUCAUGCGGAGAGCUGGCGGCUCGGAUCCCCACAAUUCUUCUAGCCGCACAGGCUCCCCGGCGCUGCAGGCUCUUGCAUUCUUAACAGACCGACGCGGUGCUACAAACGACACGGACUCUACUGAGGAAGUGUCUGGGAACAUAGCUCCGCCACGCAAUAGUUCCCGGCGAAACCGUAUUGACGAUUUGGAAGAGAUGAUGAUGAUGGAGGCGAUUAGGCUGAGUUUAGCCAGCGAGGAGGAGCGUCGUAAGAGGGAGGAGAAGGAAGCGAAAAAAGAAGCAAAAAAGAGAGAAAAAGAGGCCAAGAAGGCAGAAAAGUCUGCCCGUAAGACCGGUCUUUACAGUACCAAUGCAAGUGGAUCCGCUUUGGACGUACCUACAGGGCUAGGAAGGGUUGCGAGCAGCUCUUCCUCUGUUAUCGGCGAGGAAAGCACGCCUGUUGGCAAGGGCAAAGAAGUGGAUCGUGUAUCCCCGGAUGCCCCUGUCGAUGCUACGCCUACAUGUUCAGGUACUGCGUCCGGUGGUAUGAAUGCCGUAUAUCCGCCUGCGAAUUUGACAGAUCAACAUCAGUCUAUGCAAUCUUCCGUCUCUCAAUCUUCACCCAGGGAGCUAUCGAAACCGUCACAUUUGCGACAUGUCUCGAGUGCUUCUUCGUCGUUCUCCUCUCUUGUUGAGUCGAUGUCUGGCGAUCACGCUGGGACCACAGAGGGCAAUGGCUCGUCUACAGAACCGAUGUUCAAUUUCCGGAGUCUAGCUGCCGUUAUAGGCGAUGAAGACAAAAGGGAUGAAUCUGCAGAGCACGUAGAAAAUGCGUCAUCAAUUCCGCAGGCUGAGGGGUCUGCCUCGCGGUCUGUGCUUCCACUUGACCAUGCACAUACUGAUGACUCGGUCUCUAAGGCUGAUACCACCGAACCGGCUGGAUCAGAAUUCGCGCUACAAGAGAAUCAAGGAUAUCUGAUACCGAAAGAGCUUGAGACACGCUCAAUGGAGAUCACCGACUCUACGGGGAAUCCCCAGGCCACGUCUUGAAGGCGUGAGAAGGCUGCCCCAUUUACUAACAUUAUUACCCCUCUUUCUCUAUUUACCUUUUUUAUAUGACCAUUUUGGUGCGGGAGAAGGAAUGAGAUUAGUGAUGCGAAUCUGUCGGCGCAGGAGGCUUUUUAGUGAAAAGCGAUGUUGCAUUCUUUUUCAGUCUGGUUCCCUUUCCUUUUACGUUUGCUCUUAUCAUGAUGUUUGUGCAUGACCGGACCGGACGUUCUCUUCUUGCUUUAUAUACAUACAUUGGCAUAGAACUUGUUGUUACUUGAUUGACUGUUCGUUCAUAUGUAUCGGGCGAGGUAGGCAGCCAGAUUGCAUACAUAUACUCGAUAAUGAUGGCUCAGGUGUGCGUGCUGGCAAGGGGCUCUGUCAGGUCCAUGCUAAUAGUUAGUUCAAAUAGAUUAGGGAAAUACGAAUGGUGGUUGUAUAGCCUGAUAUUC